AUGGUCGAUGGUGACGAUUCUUUCAAGAGACCCGGAGCUGUGCCUUUUAACUGGGAGAUCCGACCCGGUAUACCCAAAACCCGACCCGAUCAUGAUCCAUCUCUUCUUCUUCCUCCCAAAAAACUCCCUCCUCUCCGAUUAAAACCUACUCCGCCGCCGCCGAAUCCAAUCUCUGAAUCCAAAAUCCGUCCGGUUUCUCCGUUUGCUCCUCCUCCUUCGUCUUUCAAGCUCAAGCCGCCUCCUGAUUCCGACUCUUACUCCCACUCUUCAGGACCUCCGGCUCCAUAUUUCGGAUCUUCUUCACCUCGAGCAAGACUCGGACUCGAUUCCGGUGGUUCUUUUCGCCGGUGGCGUUUUCCGAAAUCAUUGUUCGGGAUGAAGAAGAGUAAGAGCGGCGGCGAUGUGAAAAAGAUCGGUCAGGAAUCGACAUCGUCUGAAUCUGAUAAUUUCUAUGAAUCGGAGACGACGUUUUCGACGUCGGAAGAUUCUAGCCGGAGUUCGGUUUCUUCUACGACGUGGGGUUCGCCGAAAUCUUCCUUCUCAUCAUCAUCUCGUCGUGGUUCGCCUCUGAAACGGAAUCAAUCGGAUUUGAGCUCUUACGAGAAAAAAACCAUUUCAAUCAUGGCUACUCAUCACCAUUUUUAA